AUGAGUCUACGCGAGGUAGCUAGUGAUUUAACGAAAUCAACAGUUAUUGGCGAUUUACCAAAUGACAUACUGCAUAGAAUACUAGAGAAACUGCCCAUCAAAGAUACCGUAGUAACAAGCAUCUUAUCAAAGCAAUGGCUACAUGUAUGGUCCACACUGCCACAUUUUGUGUUUGAUCACCUGUUCUUUGAUCAUGUUGGGGCUUCUGCUGCAAGCAUAAUCCGUAAAAUUCUAAUGCAACAUACUGAAAGUAUUCAGGGGUUCCAUCUUAUAUCGAAGUCACACACACUUUUACAGUCAGAUGUGGAUCAAUUCAUCAUGUUUGUCUCGAAUCAUGGUGUAGAGAAGUUCACUCUAGAUAUGGCCACUGAUUGGAAAUAUGUGUUGCCUCAUAGCAUAUUCACUUGUUCAACGUUGACAGAUUUGAAGCUAUCGAGGUGUAUGCUUAAGCUGCCUGUUCCUGAUGCCCAAUUCCCCAAUCUUGUUAGCCUUCAGUUGAAACUUUUUUCAAUUGAACGUCCUGUUGGAUCAAAUAACGCAACUCUUAUUCUGCCAAUGCUUGAGACAUUGGAGUUAAUGUGCUGUUUUAAUGUUCAUUCCGUUAAUUUGGAGUUAGCAUUAGUUCCUGCGACAGAUACGCUUGAUGUAUCACUAAACUUGCAAAGCCUGAAAAUUUCUGACUUGAAGAUUAAUGUGAAGUGUUUUUCCAGUCUAUUUUACCUACUGAGGAAUUGUGGUAUGCUUGUUGAACUCGACUUAGAUUUACUUGAGAAGGUUGAUGUGACACGAAAUCACUCAUCAGAACUGUUCUAUUACUUGAAGUCACAUGACCAAGUGAUCAGUGAAGCUCUUCAGACCAUUCAAAAAGUGACGUUAAGGAAAUUCCAAGGGACAGCUAUUGAAAUGUACUUGGUAGAAGUUAUCCUUGUUAAUUCUCCAAAUCUCAAGAGGAUGAGCCUCAAAAAACUGGAAGAAAACUAG